AUGUCAGUGUCAGUUCGUCCUCACCAUGCUACCAUUGAGCACCAAGCAAACAAGUCAAGCCACACGGAGCGCGUCCCAUCACGAGCAUAUCGGUCAACGACUCAGCCAUCGCUACGACCAGACGCAGGCAGCCUCGAAGUCCUGCGCGAUGUAAGCCUUGAAGUAGCGCCAUCCGAGUUCGUCUCGCUGAUUGGCCCCAGCGGAUGCGGCAAGACUACGCUACUGCGCGCCAUUGGCGGCUUGACCGACGCAACUUCAGGAAGCAUCGAACUCUCCGGCGUCCAACCCAGAGAGUUGCAACGGCGCAGGGGUAUCGGAUUCGUGUCGCAGGACGCCGCCCUGCUCCCAUGGCGUACCGCGCUCGAGAAUGUGCGCCUGCCAUUUCAAUUGAAUUCCGGCACCGCUGCGACUGAUUCGUCCGCCCUUGCCGAGCAGACACUCAGCGCCGUGGGCCUCGCCGAAUUCACGGACUACUACCCGCACCAACUCUCAGGCGGCAUGCGCCAGCGUGUGGCGUUCGCAAGAGCGCUCGCAAUCAGCCCGGGCCUGCUUCUUAUGGAUGAACCUCUAAGUGCCCUCGACGAGAUGACCCGCGAAGAGAUGCGCUACGAACUGCUGCGUCUCUGGGAACGGCAGAGGCCGACCGUCAUCUUCGUGACGCACAGCAUACCUGAAGCGGUGGUGCUGUCGGACAGAGUAGUUGUGCUGUCAGCGAGACCCGGCGAGGUCGCUGACGACAUCGCGAUAGACAUUCCAAGACCACGCCUGCAAGAAGUGGAGCGAUCAGACCGCUUCUUGGAGUACACAUACAGGAUCAAAGAUGCGCUUUCGAGUGGGGUCGCCGCUGCAACGCCCGUCGGCUGA